AAUUUGGACAUUGUAUUUAACUUGCUGACAAUAGUACCACAUGCUGCAUUACAACAUUCACUUUGCAAAGCACCAUGGAUCGUUCUUAUGCUAUAGCAGGUGUCCUUAUUUUCCUUGCAAUCAGUUGUACACGUGCUAAAUCUUGUACAGAACAUUUUAUGAAGUGUAAAGAUGGAGUACAAUGUGUUUACAAUCUCAGAUUUUGUGAUGGAUAUCCAAACGACUGUGACGAUGGUUCUGACGAUGAGCCUGAAAUGUGUAAAGCUUAUUCCUGUACGGAGAAUUACAGGAAGUGUAAAGAUGGCGUAAAAUGUGUUCCCAGUUUCUCUUUUUGUGAUGCAUACCAAGACUGUCAAGAUAACUCGGACGAGGAGCCAGAAAUGUGUAAAGCUUUUUCUUGUACGGAAAACUAUGUGAAGUGUAAAAAUGGUGUACAAUGUGUUGGCAGUGAAUACUUUUGUGAUGGAAGCACACAAUGUUCCGAUGGUUCUGACGAGGAAGCAGAAAUGUGUAGAGAAUGGUCUUGCGAUCUCGGACGGACAAAAUGUACAGAUAAUUCCACGUGUAUUUUAGAAGAAAACAUUUGUAAUGGGGUUAGCGACUGUCCCGAUGAUUCUGAUGAAGACCCAGCAGUAUGCAAAGAUUACAAUUGUGGUGAAGGAAAGAGUAAAUGUCAGGAUGGGCUUCAGUGUAUAGAAGAUUAUCGACUUUGUGAUGGGAAUGAUAAGGGAUGCUUCGAUGGAUCUGAUGAAUCAGCACAUUUCUGCAAUGGUUUUGACUGUGGAGAAGGGAGAGUCAAAUGUCAGGACGAUAUCCAGUGUAUUGAUAAAGAAAGUGUAUGCGAUGAUUUCCUCUACUGUAAUGACAGAUCUGAUGAAUUCCCGGAUUUCUGUUUAGCCUAUGAAUGUGGAGAGGGGAAGGUCAAAUGUCAGGAUGGUAUCCAGUGUAUUGAUAAAGCAAGUAUAUGCAAUACUUUCCUGGACUGUAUGGACAAUUCUGAUGAAUCUCCAGAUACUUGUUCAGAUUAAAAGAGAAUAAAUCAUGACCAUUGGUGUGUCUGACAAAUAAAAGACGAAUAAUCCGUUAUAUUCAACAGAAACAAUCAAUAAAUAAAUAGAAAUGAA